AUGGAAUCACUUGAAAUAUUGAGACAAGUAAGCACCAAAAAAAGUUAAACUUUAAACUUUGAAUUUCAUACUCUUCUGGAGACAAUUUCUGAUGCCGCCUGUUCGGAAGAUCCCUUGGAAAAGCUGUGUGAGCUUGCAGGAAUUGUAAGGCCAGAAGUUGUGGCGACGGUUAGUUAGACACGCUCAAAUAUUAACCAAGUUUGAAAAGUUAUUUUUAACAGGCUAUCCAGCUGAUGGAAACAGAAAAAGUACGCGUGCUCAAAGUAAAUACGACAAGAAAACGGAACAAAGUCAGGAAGUUUGAAGAUUUCACCCAGAAGACCGUUUUCGAUUGGAAAAAUGAAGCAAUGGUUAUGAGAAAGAGAACACUCACUAAUGAAAAAGUGAACAUCCCGAAAGCAUGUUUUAUAGAGGUUAUUUAAUUCGUUUUUACAGCAGUUUUCUCAUAACUCUUUGCAGGUGGAGAGCGCAAAGCGAAAAGAAUCCCUGCAGUUUUUCUAUCCCAGAGUCCAUUAUUGCACGUGCCAAUUCUUCCAGAUGACCGUUUUGAACAAACAAUCCGAAUUCAUAUGUGUUCAUCUUCUUGCCUAUUGCGUUUCAAUUCAGUUUUCCAAAGUAGAAACUAUCAGUUGCAAUCUCGAAAUAAGCACGAUAUUGCGGAAAAUAUUUACUCGAUCUGUGAACGAUUCGGACUAAAUAAAAUGCCUAAAAUUUUUAAUUUUAUUUUUGAUACUUUUGAAACGUUUUUCAUCUGAAUUCAGCGAAAAACUGCCUUGGAUCCAAUUGGAAGGUAUCACUUUGGAAGGAACAUUACGUUUCUGUCUUUACGGGUCUCAUGACGACAGUGACCAGACUACGGUAGCAUUCACUAACUCAUUUUUAAAAUUGAGUUUUUUCUUCAAUUUUUUCAAAUAUUUGCCCUUCAGCUUGAAAAAUGAAUUCUCCAAACAAUUAUGUAGACGAAUGUUUGGGUUCGGGACAAAUCGGUAUCAAUGUAAGACUUUUAUGAUUUUAAUUUGAUAUGAGUUAGCUUUUUAGGUCCUCUUUGAAAAAAAAGAGUUUGCAAAGUACGACGAAGAUGCGAAUUACACCCUGCAGUUGCUUGCCAAUUGCGUCCACGUUGCCAACUGCACCAUCCUGAGGGAGCGCAACCUGCUUCCUUCACGAUAUUUCCGUUCUUUCCGUGUCUACGGCAAGUUAUUCUUCUCACGAACCCUGACAUUAGACACAUUUCAGGCGACGUUACUGGUUAUUUGAUGGAUCAGGAAACUGUCGAUGGAAAGAAAUUGGCAUUCAAAAUGAAUGCUCUCGAUCCGGAGAUUCGAGAACGACGCCUCCGAGUUUGUUUUGAAUCAAUCUAUCUAAAACUGUUGUCUUGAUUCAGAAACUCGCGAUUGUGGUCGAGGAAACGUUGAACACUGAACCCAUCGAAGCUUUCGUUUGGAGUUUCCGGUACGAUUCGAACGGCGGCGCCAGCGCGCAAAUUGGCUACAAUGGGUCUGCUGUUGAUAAUGGUUCUCAGUUUUGAGUACUUUUUCCUUGCAGAAGAAAUACUAAAUUCACUGUCAACUACAAGAACAUGGAACAGACAUGCCAAGAGUUCUGCAAGUUGUUCAGUGAUCUUCAGAAGAUCUUAUGUAAUCUUUCCCCACUUCCCGAUGGAAUGGUUCCUUCUUUGAAAGUCGCUUAUCACGGAGGUUGAUACUACAUCUGAAAAUUUUUAUUAAUCAGCUCAGUUUCAGAUCCCGAGUUCGUAGAAGGAUUUGAACCCGUCGAAGAAUUUGUGAACGUUCAUGAAAUUGGAAUCGGAGAAGUGGCAUUCCCGUUCAAUAAUGGGUAAUUUUUAAUUCUCAGAGAGUACUGAAUCAUGCAUAUUACUAGGUUCUCGCUGUCGUUUGCGUCGCAGUUCCAAAUGGUUACGAAUCAAGACUACGGCACUCCUCUUCAACGCAGUGCUUCCGAAAUGUGAAUACUCUGGAAAUAGGACUACCUUCAGCUUGUUUUCAGAAACCACACCGACUUGUACGAGGAUAUGGAAGAUUACGGUGAUGAGCAUCCGAAAGUCGAGAGAACACGUCGGAACACAUUGGUAAUCGGGGAAAAUGACGACGUCAGCAUGAACGGAUCAGGUGGGAAGCGAAAUGAGUCUCGAUGUAGGUAGUUUUCCAGAUGCCAUUCUAGCUGGUGACAACGAACGUCUUGAGUCGAUGAUUUGUAAUCCGAAUGUCACUUCGGAUGAAAUACGUGGCAUUCCAUCGGAAGCAGUCGAUGUUCUUUAUGGAUCCCCGGUGAUAUUAAAUUCUCACAAGAGCCCCGAGGAUCAGGAAAAAACGGUGAAGAGAUCACAACGAAUCAGUGCUUCAAAACGUAGACCGGAAAGUCCGCAAAAGAAACGUUUGGAAAAGAAGAAAACACCCACUAGAAGAGGACAAAAAGAGUCAUCGAAGAAGCGAACUUAUGCUGGUAAUAAAGAGCAGAAAAAGGUUUACUGGGAAAGUAGCUGGCUUUUUUAAGCGUGUUUUUUCCAGAAGAGUGCUCGUCAUCUUCGAAAGGAACUCGAUAAAGCGAAGCAAGUAAUUGAAGUAGCCAACGAAGAAGACGAAGAGAUGGAUGAAAUUGAGGAAACUGGGAGAAAAGAGAGAAAGAAGGUGAACGAGGUCUCUAGUUGACUUUUUUGAAAAUAUGUUUAGAAUGUGGAAAUCCAGCUCGCUGAAGCGUCUCCAGUUGAACAACAGACAGAAGAGCAAGAACUUUCUGCGAACUUCGGACGCGUCGCCACCAUCCGAGAACAUUCCGAGUCUCCCAGAAGUCAGGAACGUUCUUCUAGAUCUCCUCGUAACUACGGAAGAUGGUCAAGUGUGAAGAAAGCUGUUCAAGAAGCCGCAGGAGAAAGCCAGGAACAUACUCCGAAAACUUCCCGCAACUAUGGACGAGUGAGAAGUGUGAAGAAAGUUUCCGAUAAAAGAUCCGCGGGAGAAAGUCAAGAACACACCCCGAAGACUUCUCGCAACUAUGGCAGAGUGGGAAGUGUGAAGAAAGUUCUAGACGGCGAUUCCUCUGAAGUAAGUCAGGGAGACACUCCGAACUCUUCUCGCAGCUACGGAAGAGUGCAAAGUGUGAAGAACAUUCUCGCCGAAGGACCCGUCGCCAGAAUAUUCGGCUUGGCAGCCCGUCUCCAUUCUCCGAGAAAUGUCUAG